AAUUCCUAAUUUUUUUCAAAGUCUUUCGAACACGGAAGUGACAAACCACACAAGCACACCGAAAGAAGAGUGAAAGCAAUUUGGCUUCUCUCUUCUAAUUACAGUAGAAGCGAAAGACUGAAGGUAUAUAUAUAUGUGCGCACAAAUUCUGUUCGAAACUCUCCACUCAAUCUAAACGAAAGGAGACUAUGAAACAAGUGCCGAUAACUUUAGGUGGAUAACAAAGAUAACUGAAUAGGAAUGGGAGGCUGCUGCUGCUGUUGUUCUUCUAGCGAAGUGGAACUCAACGGUUCACAGCCAUUGUAUCAUUAUUUAAGAGUGUCAGAGCAGCAUGAGCCGCCAUCGUCUCAACGUGGCACAGCCUCUGUACUCCCUACUGGGUUAUUAGUUGAUACAAACCUAGGAACUUCAAUCCCUGACACUUGUAGAUCACCUCCAGCACCUGUGCAAUGUGAUGCAAAUCUAGGACACCCUCGUACUCCACCAGGCAAUCGAGAAUAUUCAGGCAACAAGAAUGAUGCGGCAGUGCAGCCAACAAAUACUGAGCCAGCUGAACGAACAGAUGCCGGAAACUCUUUUGAAGCUAAAGACCUGAAGGGAUCUGUCUGCAAAGGGCAAAGUGAGAUUGAACUGGCCUCAACAAAAGAGAAGUCUGGCGAACUAAAAAAAUCAGGUGAGCCUCUUGUCUCAGCACAGGAGGAAGAGGAGGAUGUUUGUCCCACCUGUCUUGAAGAGUAUGACGCUGAGAAUCCAAAAAUUAUCACAAAAUGUGAACAUCAUUUUCACCUUUCUUGCAUUUUUGAAUGGAUGGAAAGAAGCAAUACUUGUCCAGUAUGCGAUCAGGAAAUGAUAUUCAGCCCCGCCAUUGAUGUUGGCUAGCUAUUUUCAAAUCUGCAAUAAACUUCUUAGCUUUUUGUGAUCAAAGUCGAAUCCGUGGUUGUGGAUGCGUGACGGUUGUCAAUUUUCCAGUGUUCAGUGGCUGCCUAAGAUUUAGCUCUGUUGUGGUGAUUUUGUUUUUGAAGGAGGCAUUUCUUCUAUAUGCCAAUUGUCUUGGUUUCUUUUGAAUUUUGACAAAAAGUUAAAAAGAAACGAAAAGGAAACAAAAAGGAAGAAAAUGGAAAUUGACACGAUAUAAAACAAUCCUUGGUCAUCAUUUAUUUUUCUGUAUAUUCGUUCUUAACGUAUAGAUCAGCAUAUUAGAACUAGUACAAUUGGGAGAGUUGCAUAGAAAAGAUUGGAAAUAGGAUGGAUUUUUUGUUACUUUGUCAAAGAACAGAAGCGUGAGGCUGGCAUUCUCUGCCUUAUGUUGCUUCCAUUUGAUUGAUUAGUCUCUCUCUCUCUCUCUCUCUCUCUCUCUCUGCCUGUGUGCUUGUAACUUUUCUUUGAAUCUGCAAGUUAGAUCCUUUUUUUAUGUGUGUAGUUUUGGAUGUGUGAUAGUUCGGUUCCUGUGACAAUCUUGCCUCCGAACCAAUUCUGUAAAUUUAAAGUGUUAUGAUUGAUUCAUGUGUAUAAAA